GCCAAAAGUGAGCGAACACCUGAAUUUCCCAUCAGCUGAAUAAGAGUAGUAAAACAGUACAAACCUUGUCUCCACUUAACCUAAACCCCAAUCUACUGCUCUUCUUUUUUCUUUCAGGCCGUCCCUUUGCUGGAACCACUUACCCAAAUCUGAUCCUUUCCUUUCCCAGCAAUGGCGGAUACUGCAACAUCUCAAACUCCUUCCUUAUCCCAGCAUUAUUUAUUGGAGAAGUCAGGUGAAGUAGGUUCUAAACCUGUGGAAGUAAAAGAAGACGCGAAGCCUGAAACUACCGUGUCUGCUGAACCUGCCGCAGCGAAAGUCGAGGAAGCACCUGCAGCUGCUGCUGCUGAAGAAAUAGCACAAGAUACUACUCCUGCUGCUGCUGCUGCCGAAGAAACCACUGAAAUUAAUACUGCUGCUGAAAGCAGUAGUCAAGAUACUCCUGCUGAUGAUGCAGAAAGCAGUGAAACCAGUCUAGAAGAGAGUUCAAAUGAGCCAGAAGCUGCUGAUGAGGCACCAGAGAUAAAGCUUGAGACAGCACCAGCUGACUUCCGUUUCCCAACUACAAAUCAGUCAAGGCACUGCUUUACCCGAUAUGUUGAGUACCACCGGUGUGUAGCUGCUAAGGGGGAAGGUGCACAAGAGUGCGACAAAUUUGCCAAAUUUUACCGCUCCCUUUGUCCUGGUGAAUGGGUUGACAGAUGGAAUGAGCAGAGGGAGAAUGGAACUUUUCCAGGCCCUCUGUAGAAGGUUCUUGUUGGAAGUAUGUAUCCAAGUUUGCACCAUCUGAUCAUUUUCUUUAAUGAAGGUUAUAUUCUUAAGGAAUGCCCUAUUUACUCAACGAGUUAAUAAGAAAUUUUGGCUUGUCCAUUAGAACUAUAGCUGACUACAGAAAUGCUUUAGUUUUUGUUGCCGAUCAUCUUCAAAGAUGAUGGUUCUUUCUCCAUUUAAUCUCCCCCUUUUAACUGUUAUAGAUUACUGUUUGAGCCUAAGAAAAAAUGUUUGCAUUACUUCCCUCGUAAUAAAGAGGCACCGCUUUCUGAUUA